UUAAAAAUUGUAUUUCUACUUAACAAAAUGGAAUUAAAAUUAUGUUUGAAUUUAGCUUUUUUUUCAAUAAAUUGAAUAAUUGUGUGUUAAACUUAAUUAAUUAAGGUUUGAAUAUUUCCUAAAUAAAAAUUAUUAGUUUAAUUAGGCAUGCAAACAUUGAAAUUAGUAUUAAUUGGCUUUAAUUAUGCAUCAUCAAUAAUUUUCAAUCUCACUUUGAACUUUCAAACAUCAAAGAUACAUUGUUUGUCUACAGUAAGCUGUGUUCAAGUCAUUAAAGCAAACUGGUAAGGUAAUUAAAGCCAAACUUUAAAACAAUGGGAAGAUUUUCAUAUAAACAUUGGUAGGGCACCAGACCCAAGCCAACACAUUUUGUGACUCUGACCUAAACACACACUGAGCAGAAUUAUACCAAGCUAAAUACAUUUAAGUCUAGUUAGACAUUACUGAAUUAUACCAAGCCAAGUGAGAUAUAUAUUAAAUAAAACAACAUGGAUGUUGUCUCUGCAGCUUCAGCUUUACGCAGUCAGUUGGUGGCUCUCCACAACAGUGAUGUUAACGUCUCACAGUUAGAGAGAAGUGUAACCAGUCUGGGUCAACAGUCCCUGAUGUCAGCUAUAGAAGACAACCAGUCUCAACAUCUACGCUUGGUUCUCCGUCUGUCUGUCAACGAGGGUGUAUGUCAAAUGUACAAACAGUUCUCCAACAAGAAAUCGACUGAGGUUCAGAAUACUGCCAGAUCAAUCAAGUCGAGCAUGGAAGCAGACGACAACGAGCAGACACCUCCAAUGAUGAUAUCGUCACCACCAGGGGGCAGGGCCAGUCAAGAUAAGGCAGCAGAAGUGUGGACCAGUGUGUUUUGUGAACUGUCUAGACUAGAUUGAUUCUAGUGUGACCACAUGUGAUAGACAUCAGUGCUAAUGUUGUUAAUAUUGUUAUUGUAAUAGUGCUUAAAAUAUGUCUUGUAUGUCAGUUAUAGAAAUAAAUAUAGCAAAUA